AUGCUUCAACGACGCAUGAGGCAACAUGUCGAUGGGCCAUCUCCUUUUUCUUCUCUCAUCGGGCUUCGCAUCCAGGUCCCCAACUACCCGCUCGAGAUAUUCGGGGACAAGAAGCGUGCCAACUCGUUGGUACAAAAAUUCAUCCAUAAACUCACGACCAUCCCUUCGUUGCGCUAUCUCUUCAUUGACGAUCGAUCAUUCGAGGAUGAGUUUGAUGAGAUUGGUGACACCGCAUCCCCUCCCUUACCGCCCAUCCCAGCUUCCGUCGCCGUUGGACUCGAGUUGUACUUUGGUCCUGGCAAUGCGGAUGGGUGUGGUCGCCUCGAUAGAUAUAUACCUCUGGUUCCGAACCUGGUGGCUCUCCGCACGGACCUUUCCGUAGACCCAUAUGAUGAUUUCCCUGUGGCAUGGACGCGGUCUCUCCGGAGAGUCAGCCUCUUCGACUACAGUUUCGACGACGCAGUCUUUCGUGAUCUCCUAUAUUCUUUCACCUGGCCGUGCUCCGAAGGCCGCGUCUUUCAUAAUGUAUAUUCUGCUGCGGAUGAACUCAUCAGCUCUGGCUGUCGCGAGUUUGACGUGGAUUUCAACCUACGGCAAAUCGUCUUUGGCCUCAUGAGAAGUCCACAUCACGAUUUUCAACCACUCCUCAAAGAAAUUGGCAACAUCAUGCCUGACAUUCAUAGGCUCGGCUUCAGGAUGGGGAAGAUGUCGUCCAUCUGGGCCGACGACUUUUCGGACGACGACGAAGAGACACCGAAGCUCAAAGCCGGGCUGAACCUUAUGGAGAUGGUCUCCGUCACCAGAUGUAUACGGUCGCUCUCUGAGCUUACACAUCUUACCGUCGAGGUGGCCUUACCAGAGUCCGGUGAUGAUCGCCGCCGUACGACUAUACGAUCCAGCGCCGAGGCGCUGGCGGCAGCCUCACCAAGUCUCCAGUACAUCACCUUGAAACUCUUCACCGAAGAGGAUUUUCAAGGAGAAGAUGGUCACACUGCUAUGCAUCUUGGAGUGCCUUACCUCAGAGGCAGCUGGGAGGUUCGUCGAGAAGCGAACGCCAAGCCAACAAUAAUAGAGAUUCAGAUGGAAGAAUGUAGGAGACGGAUUAGUUAUGCGUAUUGA